AUGUCGCCGAAAUACGGACAAAGCGAGGGAGUCAUUUGGCGUGCCUCCGACGCCAUCUUAGAUUCUACAACAGGUGAGGGGAACGAUCUUUGCUGUCCCCAGUUCUCGAUAUUUGUCGAUUCCCAGGAAAAUUUUGAGGUCAAGUUGUUGCAGAAAUCAGGUCUGGAGAGUCCUUACGUGUGCGAGUACUGCGGGUACACCACUGGGUCGAAACCUGCCUUGAUCGGCCACAUCAGAAUCCAUACCGGCGAGAAACCUUACAUCUGUGACGUCUGUGGAUACAGAACGAGAACCUCGUCCAGAAUGAAUGGCCACGUCCGGAUACACACAAACAAGAGGUCCUACCGUUGUGGGCAGUGUACGUAUCGUGCCAAUAGGAGGGAUAGUCUUGUACGGCACUACCUAACGCACACGGGGGAUAAACCGUACCACUGUACACAGUGCGACUACAAGUCCACUCAGAAUAGCACGCUCAAGAGACAUGUUUUCUUGGUGCACGAGAAGCCAAAGCGUGUACAAGAAAAGGGAAAUGGUGAACCAUAGUGGUUCAGCUCAGUUCAGUUCAUAUCCUCGGAUAAUCUCCAACCAGAUCCACGGCGCGUAAUGUAUAGUAUCAAAC